GCGGCUUCGUCGGAGCGACGCGGCGCUCAGUGGGCGGCCGGAGAGGGAAGAUGGACGCAGCUACCCUGACUUAUGACACUCUCCGAUUUGCCGAGUUUGAAGAUUUCCCGGAGACCUCGGAGCCUGUUUGGAUACUGGGCAGAAAAUACAGCGUUUUCACAGAAAAGGAUGAGAUCCUGUCCGAUGUGGCGUCUAGACUUUGGUUUACAUACAGGAAGAACUUCCCGGCCAUCGGGGGCACCGGCCCCACCUCGGACACGGGCUGGGGCUGCAUGCUGCGCUGCGGACAGAUGAUCUUCGCCCAGGCCCUGCUGUGCCGGCACCUGGGCCGAGAUUGGAGGUGGACGCAGCGGAAGAGGCAGCCGGACAGCUAUUUCCGCGUCCUCAACGCGUUCAUCGACAGGAAGGACAGUUGCUACUCCAUCCACCAGAUAGCACAAAUGGGAGUCGGCGAGGGCAAGUCCAUCGGCCAGUGGUACGGGCCCAACACGGUCGCCCAGGUCCUCAAGAAGCUCGCCGUCUUCGACGCGUGGAGCGCCUUGGCCGUCCACGUGGCUAUGGACAACACGGUGGUGAUGGACGACAUCCGGAGGUUGUGCAGAAGCAGCCCUCCGUGUGCGGGGGCCGCUGCGUUUCCGGCAGACCCCGAAGGGCACUGUAAUGGCUUCCCCGUGCGGGCCGAGGUCGCCCACAGGCCAUCGCCGUGGAGACCCCUGGUGCUUCUCAUCCCCCUGCGCCUGGGCCUCACGGACAUCAACGAGGCCUAUGUGGAGACGCUGAAGGGCUGUUUCAUGAUGCCUCAGUCCCUGGGAGUGAUCGGAGGGAAGCCCAACAGCGCCCACUACUUCAUCGGCUACGUGGGCGAGGAGCUCAUCUACCUGGACCCCCACACGACGCAGCCGGCGGUGGAGUUCACCGACAGCUGCUCGAUCCCGGACGAGAGCUUCCACUGCCAGCACCCGCCGAGCAGGAUGAGCAUAGGGGAGCUCGACCCAUCCAUCGCGGUGGGGUUUUUCUGCAAGACUGAGGACGACUUUAAUGACUGGUGCCAGCAAGUCAAGAAGCUCUCGCGGCUGGGCGGCGCCCUGCCCAUGUUCGAGCUGGUGGAGCAGCAGCCUUCCCACCUGGCCUGCCCCGACGUCCUGAACCUGUCCUUAGAUUCUUCUGACGUGGAGCGACUGGAAAGGUUCUUUGACUCAGAAGACGAGGACUUUGAAAUCUUGUCCCUUUGAAAAUCUUGGAGCUGGGGGAUGUCUCGACUGGCCCUUGCUGGAGGCGCCUUCAGGAGCCCAGCCCAGCUGCUGGGCACUUGGCGCCACCACCUCCUGCCCGUCUGCCCGCCGCCCGCGCCGCUGCCUCUGUCCUCGGCCCUUGACGGGGCUGCGCUGUGCUCAGGCCUCGCUGCAGGAGGGACUGCUCGGCCACGGGGUCCGGGGAACAGGAGCCGCCGGGAGCGGCCAGCGGCUGGGCUCUGCGCGUCCGCGUCGCCGCCACCCUGCUUCCUGCCGGCUCUCGGCUCUGGGUUUGCUUUGGAAUUAAAGUCCUGUCUGAAGUUACGCGAUAGACACGCAUUUCUGUUGGGCCAGUCCCAGGUCCAAGAAGACUGGCGGCCGAGUGGAGCGUGGCCCCAGGACUGGGCCUGCGCGCCCCCUGCCAGCAGCCCUGCCCACAGCUCCUCGGGGCUGCCCAGUGGGAGAUGGGCGACCCGCUUCUCCGGGCUCUGGGGAGAGCAGCAGCAGAGGGGUGGGGCCUUGGGCCGAGCGGAGCGCCCCCACUGCGCCUCGACACAGUGCGGGGAAAGCCCGAGUGCGGUCGCCUUCCUCGCCGCCUCCUGGCUCCAGCGCUUUGGAUGCCCACACCUGCUGCUUGCUUGUUGCCCUGGCUUCCCCGGGUGGGCAGUGGUGGCAGCCGGGUGGGGAGCUGCCCUGGCCUGUGACCCUCAGGCUCACGUGGGACCUCAGGAGUUGCGGAACUGCCCUCCUGGUCACCGAGGCUUCGGAUGGUUUGGGGCUAGAGGGUGAAACCCUGG